AUGAGUAUCACCUACAAUCCCGAAAAUGACAUCCCCGACCUUUCAGGGAAAGUGAUAGUUAUCACUGGAGGCACUGCUGGUGUCGGCAAAGAAGCUAUCAAGCAAUUGAUCAAGCACAAUCCCGCUCAUAUCUACUUCACUGGCCGCAACGUACAGGCUGCCAACUCUCUCAUUGACGAGAUAAAGGCCACCACCAACAAUGGAAACUGCAUUACCUUCGUCGCCUGCGACCAAACCUCCCUCCACUCCGUGCGCGAUGCCGCACAAGUCCUCCUGGCCAAAUCGGGAAACCUAAUCGAUGUCUUAAUAUGCAACGCGGGUGUGAUGGCCGUGCAGCCUGCGCUAUCCAAGGACGGCUACGAAAUCCAAUUUGCCAUAAACCACCUCGCUCAUGCGAUGUUGGUAAAGCUCUGUCUACCCGCGUUGCAAAAUGCCCGAGCCAAAAGCGGAGGCGGGUCAGGGCAUGGCCGUAUCGUUAUUACUUCCUCGCUUGCCUUUAGGGAGGCGCCAAAGAAGACAGGGAUUGACUUCGAGGGGCUGAAGGAAACGCAGGGAGGGGUGAGCGGACCAGCCAUGCUGGCGAAAUACACGCUGUACUCGCAGAGCAAACUGGCCAACGUCCUUCACGGUUCCGAGCUGGCUAGACGUUAUCCGGAACUUACUGUCGCUUCUGUUCACCCGGGAGUGAUUAUGUCGACAGAGCUGAUGGACCAUAUGAAUUGCGUCGACCGGUUUGUGGUGAAGAUGGCUGUGAGGAAUUUCCUUCACGUCGGUUUGCAAGAGGGGUCGUACAAUACUCUCUGGGCUGCGACGACGACACGGAUAGCAAAGACAGGUGAGGAUGAUGCGGGUUUCUUGAAGUCUGGUGGCAUUUACCAUCCUGUGGGAACGCCCAUUCCACACACGCCGCUGUCUGGGGAUGAAGCUCUUGCAAAGAAGUUGUGGGAGUGGACAGAGAAAGAGCUUGAAGGGUAUUUGAAGUAA